AGCUGUCAGAGCACAGCAGCGUCUCCUCUCUCUCUCUCUGAACAUGGAGGCUCUGGAGGAACCUGAACUCUGUUUUCCCCACAUCAACACCUCGUGCAGGAGGACGAGGCGUCCUUACAUGGAGACCACGCUCAUGUACAGUGUGCUGUCCUGCAUCAUUGUGCUCACUGUGAUUCUUAACCUGCUGGUCAUCAUCUCUAUCUCCCACUUCAGGCGGCUCCACACCACCACCAACCUCCUCCUUCUCUCUCUGGCUGUCUCUGACUUUGUCAUGGGUCUCUGGGAGAUGCCAUUUCUCCUCCACUAUCAAGGCUGCUGGCUCCUUGGCGACGAAAUGUGUGCUCUAAAUACCUUUUUAAGUUUCCUCCUUGUCAGCGUUUCAGUGGGAUGCAUGGUGCUCAUUGCGAUCGACCGCUAUAUAGCAAUUUGUGACCCCAUGUUUUACACCACCAGAGUCACUCUGACCAGAGUUAAACUCUGUGUUUGUCUUUGUUGGAUAUUUUCUGGUGUACACAGCAUUUGGAUGUUGAGGGAUUUGUUAAAACAGCCUGACAUAUUUAGGUCCUGCUACGGAGAGUGCACAGUUGUUGUCACUUUUGCUGAAGGACUUGUUGAUCUUAUUGCCACCUUUUUAGGCCCUGUUUUAAUUAUUGCAAUUCUCUAUUCCAGAGUGUUUGUGGUGGCUGUGUCUCAGGCUCGAGCCAUGCGCUCUCACAUCGCAGUCGUCACAGUGGAGCGUUCCCAGACUGUAAAAGCUAAGAAAUCUGAGAUUAAAGCAGCCAGGACUCUCGGUAUUGUAAUUAUUGUGUUUCUUCUCUGCUCGUCUCCAUAUUAUAGUUUUGCUAUUGCAGCUGAAAGUAAUUUGGUCGGGGCGUCAACUUCAGGCAUCGAGAUUUGGUUAAUGUACAUAAACUCUAGUCUUAAUCCUAUAAUUUAUGUCUUUUCCUACCGGUGGUUCCGAAAAACCAUUAAAUACAUUGUUUCACUUCAGAUACUGCAGCCUGGCUCCCGUGAUGCCAGUGUACUAUAGAGAGAGAGAGAGCGAGACGGUGCAGAAUGUGAUAGAUUGGCACUGAUUAGUUAAAAUAUUAUAUUCAAAUCUUUCAUAGAAAUGUGUUUCAAUCGUGUGAAUUUCAUAAUGUGUAAAAAAAAAAGAGAGAUAUUUAUGGAACAGAUUUUUGGUUAUGAUAAGAAAAUUAACAUUUGUAUCACCAUGUCUAAAACAUUGGAAAUGUACUCCCCAGUCACCACCAUUGUCUGUUUCUCAUACAAGAAUAUUUUUACUUAAUAUAUUUAUGCCUAAUGCCUCAUGAGUAAUAGGAAGUAUAUAUUAGUCCUUGAUCCUAACAUACAGUUGUACCAUAGUAUUGAUUUAGUCUGCAUUGUUCUUUGAUUUUGAAUCAGUUUUGCUCAUACAAAUGGACAUAUAAAUGGCAUUUUUGCUUCGGGGGAGGGGUGUUGAAAAUAAGAGACUGCUCUAGUUUCUGUGUGUGAUCUUGUAUUUAUUUCUUUGUGAGGUCCAAACAAAUGUAAAAAACAUGAUUUUUCUCAUUCUUAAUUUAUUACUUCUUAAAUCUCUGGCAUCGUUGACAACCUCAAGCUUACAGAGGCACUGGUCUUUUGUUGUGUAAAACAGCCAUCUGUUGUAAACUGACCAUUUGUGUUGUACAUUAUAGAUGAAUGGAUGAUUUUAUUUACAAACAUCAUUUCCAUGAAAGUUUGGAAACUUUCAAAAUAAUGCAAUAAAACAAAAAUCUGUAAUUUGUUUGAUCACUUGAAUCUUUGUUUAAAAUAAGAUUUGCAGUUUUUUCACUGACAAAACAUAUUAAUUCAUUCAUUCAUUCAUCUUCUAUCACUUUGGUCAUGGGGCAGCUGGUGCCAAACCUGACAUAGGGCGAAUGGCUGGGUACACCCUGGACAGGUUGCCAGUCCAUCACAGGGCCACAUAUAGAGACGAAUAACCAUUGUAAUUGUAAAUUCAAGUCUCUUUGAUAUUGAAUCUUUUGAGAUACCCCCACACCCUGUUUCAUCCCCACAGUUUGCCAGAUUGUCUGCCAGAUAUGUGUCCUAUUGAAAAUGUGUGGGACAUCAAUGAGGAGCAGAAUCAGAUGGUUACCACAAAAUGUUUAGCAGCUCAAGUUUUUUAUACAGCAAGAAUAGGUAACCAUUGCAUUUAUAAUUACCAUCCAUCCAUCCAUCCAUUUAUCGUCUACAACUUUAUCCUCCACAAGACGGUUGCGGGGAGCACUGCCAACUCAGCUGACAUAGGGCAAUGGCAAUAGGAAGGGUAC